AUGGCAGCUGCAGCCACCAAGCUGGGGAGAAGUCUGCAACAAAGACGCACCUUCGUUAACGCCAGAGUCAAAUGGGUCGGUGAUCCGUACCUCGACGAAGCUGUUCAGCGAGAGAAAAACCUCAAGCAGCUUCUCUCUCUCAAGGAUCGAAUCGUAUCGUCUCCGUCGAAAUCACUCCCUCUCUCUUCCCUCUCACUCCUCAAGCCUCUCGUCGAUCUCCCCAUAACCGUCGCAAACUUUUGCCAGAAAUACUCUUCUGUGUUCACCACUUUUCAGCCUUCCCCUUCUCAUCCACUCCACGUUCGGCUCACUCCGGAAGCUCUCACCCUCCACAAAGAAGAAGAGACGACUCAUCUCUCGCCGCCUCACCGCAACGUCACCGUCCAACGGUUGACGAAAUUCUUGUUGCUAACAGGAGCACGAAGUCUCCCUUUGAAUGUCGUCGAUCGUUUCAGGUUCGAUCUCGGUCUCCCUCACGAUUACAUCACCUCGCUAAUCAGCGAUUACCCGGAUUACUUUGAAGUAACGGAGAUCAACGAUCGGUUGACCGGUGAAAAGACGCUUGCUUUGACGCUUUCCUCGCCGCGGAACAACCUCGCCGUGUCGGAAAUGGAGAGAAGAGAAGCUUACACUAACGGGUCUUUGAUUAAAGGGUUGCGCAUAAGGUAUUCGAUGAAUUUCCCCAAAGGUUACGCUUUGGAGAAAAGGGUGAAGAAUUGGGUGGAGCAAUGGCAAAACCUUCCUUACAUCUCACCUUACGAAAACGCAUUUCACUUGGGGUCGAGUAGCGAUCAGGCUGAGAAGUGGACUGUCGCGGUGCUUCACGAGCUUCUGUGUCUCUUAGUGUCGAAGAAGACCGAGACAGACAAUGUGCUUUGCUUGGGAGAGUAUUUGGGGUUUGGGAUGAGGUUUAAGAAGGCUUUGGUGCACCAUCCGGGAAUAUUUUACAUGUCACACAAGAUUCGGACUCAGACUGUUGUCCUGAGGGAAGGUUAUCAUAAACAGUUCUUGCUUGAGAGGCAUCCGCUGAUGGGGAUGAGACAUAGGUACGUUUAUCUUAUGAGCAAAUCGGGGAGGGGAAAGAAACGAGACUAUGUUCAUGGGAUUGAGAGAAGCAAGCAACGAAAGAGAGCAAUCAAAGCUUGUGAAGAUGGUGAAAUUGAAUGCACUCAGUGA